ACUCUCACCGCGCCGCAUAGCCCAGGCGCGCGCGCUCGCUCUGUCUCCCAGCCUCUGCGUGAAGGUAUCGAGACCGACUUUUUCGCUUUCGUUCCCGGAUCGGACAAGCGUCCCAUGACAUACGGCCGACCCACUACCACUACCAACACCUCAGGCAGCUUUGGGCGGUCGUCCGGGACGCAGGCGCAAGGCCUCAUGCCCCAGCAGUCGCGCAAGGGUCGCACUCGCUCCGGAUCGCUCGUGACCGUCACCGAGGUAGGCGGCGACGAGCCCGAAACAAUCAACGACCGUGUUGGCGUGUCCAACCACAACGCAGGCUGGGUCAACGCGCCUGGUGCUUGGGUUAUUCACCCUGUGCUCAUCCUCGGCGCCAAACUCCUCAUCGACGCCAUCCCAGGCAUCGACAACUCGCUGUCGUGGACCAUUGUCAACGUUGGAUACAUGAUUUUCUCGUUCAUCAUGUUCCACCACGUCACAGGCAUGCCAUUUGAAACGGCGAUGUCGACAGGCGGCGCAUACGACGAGCUCACCCUCUGGGAGCAGAUUGACGGCGGUGCGCAGUACACGCCUGCCAAAAAGUGGUUGACAAGUGUGCCCAUCGGACUGUUUCUGAUUUCGACACACUACUCAAACUACGACUACAACCUAUUCGCGAUCAACUUUACGGCUCUCAUCGUGGUCCUCUUCCCCAAGCUUCCAAUUCUCCAUCGCCAGCGCAUCCACUUCCUCCAGCAAGAUCCGGUCACCCCAUCAACAUCGCGCCCUCCCUCCCCGGGGCCCAAGGGAUCGUUCUAACAGAAGCAGGACGGUCGUUCGGGAUUAGACGCAGUAUGCAAGGUAUGACUCUUUCAACCUCUUGCAGGAACGUGAGACGAUGGCCUCGACCCUGGCGCGUCGUCCGAUUGACCCGUCAGGGUGCCGCCGUGGAGAUGUCGUGGAUACUAUCGACAAGACUGACAUGUGCGUGCGGUUUGCGUAGUGGCGACGCACUGGUCUAAGCAAGAUUUACUUACAGGCAUCGGCGCACGCGUAUGCAUGCCACUGGUGAUACGUCGGGCAUCUAC